GAGGCGGUCUGGGGUGAAAGAAGUACGCGUUCAGUACCAAAAUCGAGCUGACAAAUUGCAGACACGGUCGAGUGCGCAUCGGAACGGCGCUUUACGGCUUACGGGUUACGGUUUACGGUUUACGGUUUACGGAACUGCGGAUUUGCGGAACACGGGGUUGCGGCUCUCUUACGGUUGCGCUAACGGUUGCGUGGGGCGUGCGCCUGAUUACCCGACUACCAAAUAGCGAGAUACCAAUUCAAGUGUCGCAAGUUCAAGUGCGAUUUGGCAAAUUGCUGGAAUUCUAUAUAAAUCGAAGUGCUUCUCAAGUGGCCAAGUGAUCGCAUUGCGAGGAUGUUGCAGCACCAUCAGCAGCAGGCUCAAUCGGGUGGCUACUACGAUCACUACAAUCAGUCGCCCAGUCCGGGCAGCCUGACAAACGCGGAUGCCCUGAAUACCACUCCGUUUUCGGUCAAGGAUAUACUGAACAUGGUCAAUCAAACGGAGGCCUACGAAGGCUCCUACGGACAUCUAGACGGCGCGGCGACUGCCUCGGCGCUCUUCGGCGCCGGUGAGUACCAGCAUCCCCAUCAGUACCUCAACCACCAACAGCAUCAGCAAUCCGAGCUGCCGAUCCCGCAGCAGCAACUGCAUCACCAGCACUUGGAUGAUGGCACCACCACCUCGGCGUCCCUAUCGCCGCUCUUGCCACCCCCGCCGCACCAGCUGUACGGCGGAUACCAGGACUACGGAAUGCCCGCCCACAUGUUCCAGCACCAUCAUGGACAUCCCCACCAGAGCUUCCAGCACUCGGCCUCGGCCUACAACAUGUCCGCCUCGCAGUUCUACGCCGGAGCCUCGGCCACGGCCUACCAGACUCCCGCCUCCUACAACUACAACUACGCCGGAUCCGGAGAAGUGUACGCCGGAGCCACGCCCUCGGCGGUGGGCAUCAAGAGCGAGUACAUACCCACGCCCUACGUGACGCCCUCGCCCACCCUGGACCUCAACAGCUCCGCCGAGGUGGACAGCCUGCAAGCUCCGACGCAGAAGCUCUGCGGCAAUCCCCUGACGCAGCGGCUCAUGGAGACCGCUAGCAACUCGUCCUCCCUAAGGAGCAUCUACAGUGCCGAUGAAGGCGCCAAAAAGAAGGAUAACAGCCAGGUUACCUCCUCGCGUUCCGAGCUGCGGAAAAACAGCAUCAGUGGGAACAGCAACCCAGGGAGCAACAGUGGUUCCUCCAAGCCCAGGAUGAAGCGAAAGCCUCGGGUGCUGUUCUCCCAGGCACAGGUACUGGAGCUGGAAUGUCGCUUUCGGCUGAAAAAGUAUCUGACGGGUGCGGAGCGCGAGAUAAUCGCCCAAAAGCUCAACCUGUCGGCCACCCAGGUGAAGAUUUGGUUCCAGAAUCGCCGCUACAAAUCGAAACGUGGCGACAUCGACUGCGAGGGCAUCGCCAAGCACCUCAAGCUGAAGUCCGAGCCACUCCACUCGCCCACAUCUCUGCCUCCCCCGAUUCCCAACCACGUGAUGUGGCCCCCAACCAUGCAGCAAUCGCAGCAGCAGCAGCAUCAUGCACAGCAGCAGCAGAUGCAGCACAUGUAGUAUGCAGCUCGCAGGACGAAGGAUUCGAGUCUCUAAUUUAUUGCAGUUUCAAGCAGAAUACAAGUUGUAGUGUAAGGAAAACGCCUCAUAGCUCUAGUACUUUGUUUUAUGUAUAUAUUGGACAAUAAAUAAAGCUUAAGA